AUGUCUUUCGGCUUUGGAAGCGGAGGAGGAGGGUUCGGGCAGAACAACCAACCUUCAACAUUCGGCUCUACUGGAUUCGGCAACAAUAAUAACACUGGAGGCUUUGGAUCUACCGGCACUUCUGCCUUUGGAUCUGGAAAUACUGGAUCAACUGGCGGGGGCAUGUUUGGUGGUAAUACGACCAGCAGCUUUGGCUCCGGCGGUGGAGGGUUCGGCACGAACAACAACACCGCCAAUCAAUCUGGUUCUCUCUUCGGUCAGCAAAACCGCACUGGAGGGUUUGGGACAACCAACACAACAACUGGAACCGGCGGUAUGUUUGGAAAUACGGCCUCUACAGGAACCGGAGCAUUUGGUUCUGGCGGUGGAUUUGGGGCUGCAAACACAGGUGGCUUUGGUACCAAUGCCAAUACAAACACCGCGGCUGGUGGAAGCCUUUUUGGCAAAACCCCCACGACAGGUUUUGGUGCCUCUAACACCUCUACUGGUGGAUUUGGCACUGGUGGCACUGGUUUCGGUUCAACAAACACUACCACGCCUGCCACUGGCUUCGGAGCCUCUGGAACCGCUUUUCAGGGUGGCCCGCCUGCCUGUGAAGGAACAGGCAGCACUCCAUUCAGCGCAUUCACCGAAAAGGACGGAACCUCCAACACCAACAACCAUUACCAGAGCAUCAGCUUCAUGCAGCCAUACAGCAAAUUUUCGUUUGAGGAGCUGAGGCUUGCGGAUUAUCAACAAGGUCGUCGGUUUGGCAACGGAAGUGGUCAAGGUGCUGGUGCUUUCGGUUCUACUGCUUUUGGUAACAGUACUGGUGGUGGUUUUGGAACUCAGCAAAACACUGGGUUUGGCGCUGCUGCUACUCCCUUCGGCGGCGCUGCUGCUACCACUGCACCCAGCGCAUUUGGACAAACACAGACCACCGGUGGAUUUGGCUCCACAGGUUCAAACCCUUUGUUUGGCGGACCUAAGCCUGCAACCACAAUGUUCGGAGGCGCAGGAACUACUAGUGCAGCUCAGCCGUCUGCCUUUGGCGGCGCAGGUGCAACUACCGGUGGCUUUGGAGGUAACACGGGAACCAACGCCUUUGGAAACUCGGGUGCCGGAUCUCUCUUCGGAACAAACAAUCAACAAAACAAAACAGGUUUUGGUACAGCUGCUACCACCAACACCACUGGUGGCUUUGGCGGAUUCGGUAAUCAACAAACAACCAGUGCCCCCAGCGCUUUCGGAAGCACGCCAGCGACAGCCUCGCCCUUCGGAGCUCAGCAGCAACCUGCAACAAACACCUUGGGUGGCUUCGGUGCCCAAAACCAGACCCAGAACAAGCCAGGAAUUUUUGGCGGUGGCGGCACAGGUGGUGCUUUUGGCGCAGCCAACACUCAGCAACAGCCAGGCGGAACAAUGUUCGGCAACAACACUGGUGCCGCAGCAACGGGCACCUCGAUGUUCGGUCAACCUGCUGCUCAGCAACAGCAACCAGCUACCGGUGGAAUUUUUGGCGGCGCAGCUCCAUCCGCCAACACCGGCGGAGGCUUAUUUGGCAACCCUCAGAAUCAGCAGCAGCAGAAGCCUGCUGGUAGUCUUUUCGGUCCUUCUACCACUGGGGCCACCGGUAGUGCGUUCGGUGGAGGAUUUGGUGCCAGCCAGCCUCAGCAGAACGCUGGCGGUAGCUUGUUUGGUAACCCACAAAACCAGCAGCAACAGAAGCCAGCUGGUUCACUUUUCGGACCUAGUAGCACCACUGGUGGCGGUCUCUUCAAUCAAAGCGCUCCUGGCCAGAAUGCUGGUGGUAGCCUUUUCGGAACCCCAGGUCAACAGCAACAGCCAGCUGGCGCCAGCAUGUUCGGUACUUCACAGCCUGCGCAGCAGCAACCCCAGCAGCCCGUUCCUGGAAGUUUGACCUCAUCUCUCCUUGAAGGCAACCCGUAUGGUAGCCAAUCUAUCUUCUCCGGUCUCCCCACGCCAAAUGCGCCAUCCCCUGGUCCUCUUGCUACGCCACUCGCCUCUACCAUGAAACAGAAGCAGCGAACCCCCCCUGCCUAUGUACAAUAUGACCCCUGUGCAAGCAGCACUCCAGGUUUUGGCAGCAGCCUGUUAGCAUCUGGUCCUAGCACCGGCAGUCUUCGCGCAAGCAUUGGUGGCGGUGGAAGCAUGGGCCGUAGUUUCAGCAAGAGUUACUCUACGAGUAACCUUCGCAACUCCUUCAACCCAGAGUCCGACAGUGUUCUGUCCCCUGGUGCUUUGCAAAUUGGCAGUGGACGCGGCACAGGCAGCGGCUUGAAACGCCUUACUAUUGAUCGCAGUCUGCGCAAUGAUCUUUUUGCUCGCCCAUCCAGCUCUUCCCCUGCUCCCAUCACCAAUGGCGAGGAUGCAUCUCAAUCGGCUGACAAGCUGAAGAAGAAGGUCAGCUUUGACUCUAGCUCUCCCACUGGUUCCGGUGGAGAGCUUGUCCUUGCGGUCUCGACAAGCCCCGAUCCUACACCUCAGGAGCUCGGAUUCCUCCGUUCCACUCGUAGAAGUGGCAGCCUCAACGGUAUUGAUAGCUCUGAUCGCCCAGAGAUGGAAUCGAUGAACCUUGCUGUUGUCCCUGAGAACAGCGAGCCUGCACCUUCCCCCGAGGUCACUUCCAAGCGUCCUAUAACCGUUCCGCAAACUGAUCCUAAGCCCGGCGACUACUUCAUGAAGCCUCCCCUUGCUGAGCUGACCAAGAUGAACCGUGAACAGUUGAAGCGAGUCGUGGACUUCACUGUCGGUCGCCAGAACUGUGGACAGGUCACUUUCAACGGUCCUGUUGAUCUCAACACCGUUGACAUCAACGACAUUUUCGGAUCCAUCGUUGACAUCGGUCUUCGAAAGAUCACCGUGUACCCCGACGAGUUGCGCAAGCCCGCCAUGGGUAAGGGUCUUAACGUGCCUUCCACCCUUCGCAUUGAAAACUCCUGGCCGCGUGGCCGCGACAAGAAGAAGCCAUCUCCCAUCACCAGUGGUCCUCUUUUCGACAAGCACAUUGACCGUCUUCAGAAGGUUACGGAUACCACAUUCGUCGACUAUGAGAUCGAUACCGGUACUUGGGUUUUCGAGGUGCCCCACUUCACCACUUAUGGACUUGAUUAUGAUGAGGAUGAGGAAGGUGAGAGCCUUGACCAAAGCACUAUUAGUGCAGGCCCUGACAAUCAAACUCCUAAGGCCCAUCGCGACCACCCUGUGAGCUUUGAGCAGUCUGCGACCUUUUCUAUUGACGAAUCGUUCGUUGGUUCAAUGGCUGGUAUGGAGGAUGACACCUUCGAUUUCAAGAAGCACAAACUUGUCCCGGGCUCAUUCGGAGCUCAGGCUCUGGCUAUCGACGAUGAAGAGAUGCUUUCCGAAGGCGAGACCGAGUCUUUUUUAGAGGAAGGCUCCGCGGGUUCAACUAUUGAGCAGGACGAUGACGACGUCACCGAAAGCCAACACUCUGGCGACUCGAUAAUUGGAUCUGAUGAGAAUGAGGAAAUGGACAUGGCGGGUUCUUUCCCCAAUCUUCAUCGCACCGUGGAGCAGGACGAUGACCAGACCAGCGUUCUGGACACCACCCAGCCUUUUUUCAAGCCCUUUGGCACUCCCCCUAAGCCUCGUCUGAAUCUCAGUGGCGACUGGACUGAGCAGCUGCAGCGAACAAUCAGCCCCCGGAAGCAGAAUCGUGACGCUUUGCGAGAAAUUCAAGCCAACGCUUUCUCUGACCGACACCUCAUCAAGGAUGAUAUCCAAAGUGAGAAAAUUGAAUCUCCGAAGAAAGGCUUUACCAACAGUCUUGAUCUGAUGCGCUCGUUGUUCGAGCAACCCCCGAAGCAGAACGCCGCUUCUCAGCUCAAUGCUUCAAAAUCCCAGCCCAAGGGCUUUGAGUGGCCAUACAACAAACAACCGAAAACAUUCGCGGAUGAUACAAACCCAAUGGAUCAGAAGGAUUACGAUUUCCAUGAGUCUUUCAAGCCUCGCUGGGGUCCCAUGGACACAAUUAUUUGCGCCAAGAAUGAUAUGACCGCACCUAUCCCUGGCGCAACUAAUCGCUGGCGCGAGCGUUUCUCUGUUUUCAGUGAGGGAAGAGAUGUCGCGAUCUUGGAUGCCAACCAACCCCUUGAGUCUCAGGAGAUGCUUGAAGUUCAAAGACAGCAGUCUACAAUUCAGCGCAUCGAUGGCAUUCCCUUAGUUCGCAUGGCCAAAAUUAACCUUCGCCAAUUCGCAUUUUCCCACGGACCGGAGGAAGAGCGGCUGACCUGGCAGCUUGCCAAUGUCUUGUUCGACGAUGAUAUCGAGGAUGAUAUUUCGGCGGGUGUACCUGCACAGCUGCGAUCCAAAUUUGCUCAUCGCAUCAAGAAAGAUCGGUUAACACGUCUUUGGGAAGGCAUUAUUCGUGACCGUCACACUCAAGCGCUGGAUCUUGUCCGCUCCCCAGAAGAACGUGCUUUCCUCCUUCUCUGCUCUCAUCGUAUCGACGAGGCUUGCAAAACCUUGAUGGACAGUGGUAACCUGCACUUGGCUACACUGGUUGCGCAGAUUGGCCGAGACGCUACCUCACGAGCCGAUAUGGCGAAACAACUUGAGACUUGGCGCAACGAGUCCACAUUGGGGGAGAUUGUGGAGCCCCUUCGCGCUAUCUACGAGCUACUUGCUGGCAAUUGUAUGCGUAGCGAAGGUAACCUGAUUGCUGAGGUGGAAAACCGUGCUUCAAAUUUCAUUCUCUCUGAGCACUUUGAACUGGAUUGGUUACAGGCCUUUGGUCUUCGCCUCUGGUAUGGUACCUCUGAGGAUGAGCCAAUCGAGGCCGCUGUCACCAAAUUCCUUGACGAUCUAUCUACCGGAUUCGAGCCUGCUUUCCCUCACCCCGCGCACAUUUCCGAUACUCAUGUGUCUGCGCAGCCUGGUUCCGACACUGUUGGUCGUGAGUCUCCGCUUUGGGUUCUUCUCAAGGCCCAUUCGGCACUUUCUGGACAAGCAAAGAUUUCACCCAUCGAGCUUCCGGCAGCUCUUCUCCCUGAGUCCUUGUCUGGUGACGUAUUGAGCAACCGGUUUUCUUUCCAGAUGCACCAUGUUCUCGCCUCGGUCGUGGGAGAGAACAAGGCGAUCAAGAUCAACCAAGAUCAGGCCGAUCGACUUGUCUGGGACUAUGCAUCUGAGAUCAUUGCUCGUGGGGAACUGACCCCAGCUCUUUUCGUUCUUCUCCACCUCUCGCAAUCCGAAGAUCGCAAGCGUGCCGUCCAAGAAACCCUCGCCCGAUUCGGCCCCCAACUACCUGACCCUGCUUCUGAAGUAGGAUGGCUCCAACUUACCGGUGAUUUGCAGCUUCCUGAUGCUUGGAUCUGGGUUGCCAAGGCUCUCGAUGCCCGUGACCGUGGUGAUGCCAUCCGUGAAGUUGACUGCUUGAUUCGCGGCAAACACUGGAAUGAUGCUCACCAAACCUUCUGCCGUAUCGUCGGUCCUACUACCAUCAUCUCGCGAGACUAUCCAACUCUCGACAAGCUCGUUACCGGUUUCGGUGACAGCCCUGAACGAAAGAUGCGCGGCUGGGCCAGCGGUGGUGGUGUUUAUGAAGAUUUCUUGCGCUUGGCCACUGCACCCCGUGGCAGACGCGACCCUACUCGUCUGAGUCGCCUGGUGAAUGCCCUCGUAGCCAUGGGCGAUCGUGUCCGUACUGGCUCUGGCAUUGAUGGCCUGGAAGAGCUUGUUGCUUUCAAGGAGAUGAGCCGUACAUUAGCUGGCUGGAUUACUCACGAAGACGUUCAGUCCAUCGAUUCUGCUGCUGCCCUUCGUCUACCCUUGAAUGGUGAUGCACGCAUUCAACAAACUGUUGAGAUGAGCCGACGGUACUAUGGUACCAUUAUGGCUGGCGGGUUCUAA